GGAGUUGAAGUAGUGAUGGGAGUCACCGAGGAAGUUGUUACAUCAGUCAAGGGAAAUGAAGCAUAUUCAAGGAAGAUGAAGAUGGAAGCAUUGAAUUUUUUCGUUACUCCACCAAAAGUUCCAUCCGUCGACUUUGUUGUUCCUCCACCCAAAGUAUCAUCUGGCAACUCUGUUGUUCCUCCACCCAAAGUAUCAUCUGGCAAUUCUGUUGUUCCUCCACCCAAAGUAUCAUCUGUCAACUCUGUUGUUCCUCCACCCAAAGUACCAUCCGUCGACUCCGUAGUUCCUCCACCCAAAGUAUCAUCUGGCGACUCUGUUGUUCCUCCACCGAAAGUACCAUCUUUCAACUCUGUUGUUCCUCCACCCAAAGUUCCAUCUGUCGACUUCGUAGUUCCUCCACCUAAAGUUCCAUCCGUCAACUCCAUAGUUCCUCCACCCAAAGUAUCAUCCGUCGACUCUGUCGUUCCUCCACCCAAAGUAUCAUUUGGCAACUCUGUAGUUCCUCCACCCAAAGUUCCAUCUGUCAACUCCGUUGUUCCUCCACCUAAAGUUCCAUCUGUCGACUCUGUUGUUCCUCCACCCAAAGGACUAUCUUUCUGAGUCACAUGUAAAACUUUAAUCUUUAUAAGUAUGUAAUCAAGAUGCAUGUAGAAAAGAAAAUUAAGCGUAUGAACUCUCUCUAAGUUACAGUUUUUAUGUUC